CUUUUAGACUAUGAAUUACUUCACAUCUUAAACUUUAUUUGGAUGCACAGCUCACGGCCAUUUCUCAUUGGACCAUUGUCUGUCACCAUCUCUCUCUCUUCUGUAACAGACAUACGUACCUAUAUAUGGAAAGAUAAAAAAUAAACAAGGGAGAGAGAAAGAAAGAAAGGCUUCUACUCCUCCAUCACUUGGUAGUUGAUAUUUCUUCAUCAACACAAGCCACAGCCAUUCUUGAUACUUCCACAGCCUCUCUCUUUCUCUCUCUCUCAAGAUUUACAUUUUUUCUUUGUGGGUUUUGAGUUUGAGAAUAGAAUAAGAAAUGGGCUUGUGGGAUUAUUUUAUAUUCACUGCGAUUUCUCUUGUUUGGAUUUUUAUUUGUCACAGAGCAAAUGCGACUGAGGAGUGUGAUUUGUUCAGUGGGAGUUGGGUGAUUGACGAAGCAUACCCUCUCUACAACUCCUCUGGCUGUCCCUUCAUCGAGAGAGAAUUCAGCUGCCAGAAGAAUGGGCGUCCUGAUAUCUUAUACACCAAAUACAGAUGGAAGCCAUUGGGCUGCGAUUUACAGAGGUUGAAUGGGGUGCAAAUGUUGGAAAGAUUUAGGGGGAAAAGCAUAAUGUUCGUAGGUGAUUCUCUAAGUCGGAAUCAAUGGCAAUCUUUGACGUGCAUGCUUCACUCUUCUGUGCCCAAUGCUAAUUACAUUAUUACAAGGCAAGGAGAUGUUUCUACGUUUACAUUCACGGAUUAUGGAGUUAAUGUGAUGCUUGAUCGCAAUGUGUACCUAGUGGAUGUUGUACGUGAACCAAUUGGUGGAGUAUUGAAGCUUGAUUCCAUACAUGGUGCCAAGCUAUGGAAAGGCAUCGACGUGCUCAUCUUUAAUACUUGGCACUGGUGGAACCGUAGAGGACCCACUCAACCAUGGGAUUAUAUUCAAGUAGGAAAUGAGAUUAAAAUGGACAUGGAUCGUAUGCUUGCCUUCAACGAGGCACUCACAACUUGGGCUGCCUGGGUCGAUGCAAGUAUUGAUCCUACUAAAACUCUGGUUUUCUUCCAGGGAAUUUCUCCAUCUCAUUACAAUGGCACCUUAUGGAAAGAACCAAGGGCCAAGAGCUGUGCGGGGCAACAAGAACCUGUGACGGGAUUAAGAUUUCCGGGAGGAUUGCCACCAGCUGUUGAUGUGCUAAAGAGUGUGCUGAGAAAGAUUAGAAAGCCUGUUAAAUUGCUUGAUAUAACACUCCUAUCUCUGCUACGUAAAGACGGACACCCUUCAAUUUAUGGGCUUGGAGGACCUACUGCAAUGGACUGCAGCCAUUGGUGUCUUGCUGGUGUUCCCGAUACUUGGAAUGAAAUUCUUUACAAUCUCAUUCUUUGAUUAGGUAGGAAAUUGAGCUAUUAUUUCAAACGAAAUAAUAAAAUUGUCAUUAAUUAAAUGGCUUUUAUUGAAUGUUGACGACCUCUUGCAAAAUUUAUCAAAACCUUCUAAUUAAGUUGAUUUUUAGGAAAAGAUUUUUUUUUUUUAUUGAUUUACAAUGGGGAGGGAAGAUUCUAAUUU